CCCAUCCUUCUCUAAUAGAUGGAUCGAAUUGAAUAAAUCGAGAAAAAGCUUGGCGGUGUCGAAGGCGGCGAAUCACGCGGCGGAUGGCACCUCACGUGACGGCGGCGACCUCCCGCCGUCGAAGCAAACCGACUUCGCUGCAGUCCAAGUGAUCCCAGAUUCGGACCUGUUGCCAUCUCGAAACGCCUGUACAUCUUUCUUUUCACCCGGAUUGUUUUAUCAGUUUUUUUCCUUUCGAGGGGGCCUCCGAUAGACCGCCCCUCGGUGUCCUGCCGUGACUCGUUCCUUCGCUCGAAUCUUCUCUCGUCCCCCCACUUCAUCGGUCGACGAUCGAUCGCUCGUCCAAAUCGAAUUCAAAGGGAGACGACAAUCCAUUGCGUUGAUCGACGACUUGGUGGUGGAAUUGUUGCUACAGGAGGUGAACCCCGGAAGAGAAUCUUGAGUCUGGGGGUGGUUCCGUAUAGGACCCCAUGUUGAAGAGACGGAGAGAACGCAUCCGAUCCCUGAUUCCUCCUCUCUCCCCUGCCACCGCGACCCCGAGUCCUGCGCUGCCGACCCUCGUCCGCUCCGCCCAUCCUCCCAAAUCCGAUCCCGCACGGUCUCGUCUGCCACGUUAAAUGGCAGAUGGUACCUACAGGUUCCAGCAGCCUGGGGCCGGGCAGUUCUUCUUUCAAACGCCACAGCAACAACAGCACGCUCGACACCUGGUCCGCAACGGGACGAAUUCCCCCACGGGUCGGUUAAAGUUUAGCCACGACACCCCUUCUCCCUCUCGAUCGCCCCCUCUCGCCCAGGCUGCUGCCCUCAACCCCUUCGCCAUGUACGGCCAGACACACCAGGGCCAGCAUGUCAUGAUGAAUGGCGGCCAGGCCCACCAGCGGUUUGGCAUGCAGAUGCCCAAAUUUCAAUCCCAGACUCACCACCCGCACCCGGCCCACCAAGCCCACCAUCACGCUCACCACAACCAGGCCUCCCACGCCAUCAACCACCAGCACAACUUUUCCAGCGGCGCCCUGGCCGCCGCCACCCCGCACUUCACCCCGGGUCACCUGCAAAACGGCGCCAACGUGGACGACGACCUGGACGACUCCAUGAACGAACAUUGGCAACAGCAGCUGCAACUGGCUGCCGAGUCCCGACAGGCCAGCUCCCCGCACUACUACGCCCGCGCCGUCGCCCAGCAGUCCAAGGGCAUCCAGAUUGCCCCCAGUCAGCCCGAGACCCAGGAGAACGGCGGGACCGGGCCGAAUGGAGUGGUCAAGGCCAAGCCGGCGCCCCGGCAGGGCUGGCGCGAGCUGGACCUGGGCGGACAGGGCCUGCGCGCCCUGGCCCCACCCAUGUUCAACUAUGCCUUUCUGGAGAAGCUGCACCUGAGUCACAACAAGCUGAAGGUGCUCUCGCCCAUGAUCGGACAGCUCCGCAAAUUGACCCACCUGGAUCUGUCCGGCAACGAGCUCACCGAGCUGCCCGAGGAGAUCGGCAUGCUCACCAGCUUGAAGCAACUCCACCUGUUUGACAACAGCAUCCGCACCCUGCCCUACGAGAUGGGGUACCUCUACCGCUUGGAAACCCUGGGGAUCGAGGGCAAUCCGCUCGACGACGUGUUGAAGUCCUUGAUCAUGAAGGAGGGCACCCGGUCGUUGAUCCGCUACUUGAAAGAGGAAAUGCCAGUUCAUCUGCCGCCACCUGACCGCGACUGGGUCAUCUUGGAUGAUACCGCCAACUCCAGCACCGAGAAGAUCACCGUGCUCUCCUACAACACCCUCUGCGACUCCUCCGCCACCCAAUCGCACUAUGGGUACUCCCCGUCCCGGGUCCUAUCGUGGGAGUUCCGCCGCGACCUCAUCCUCAACGAGCUGCGGUCGCACAAUUCAGAUAUCGUGUGUCUGCAGGAGAUCGACCAGCGGGGCUACAACAGCUUCUUCCGGGAGCAACUCGCCUACAGCGACUACAAGGGCGUCUACUGGCCGCGCGGCCGAGCCAUGGGGAUGCAGGAGGAGGAUGCCAAGAACGUGGACGGCUGUGCCACCUUUUUCAAGGGCAGCAAGUUCAUCCUGCUCGACAAGCAGGUGAUCAACUUCGGCCAGACAGCGGUCCGCCGACCCGAUGCCAAGGGCCAGGAUGACAUCUACAACCGACUGUGGCAGAAGGAUCACAUCGCGGUGGUCGUCUUCCUCGAGAACCGGCUCACGGGCUCGCGCUUCAUCAUCGUCAACGCCCACCUCUACUGGGACCCCGCCUUCAAGGACGUCAAGCUGAUCCAGACGGCCAUCCUGAUGGAGGAGCUGACCAAGCUUUCCGACACGUACUCCAAGUGGCCCGCUUGCACCGACAAGACGGCCUUCCGAUUCACCGAGGCUGAGGGCGAACGCCAGCCGCAGACCCCGCCCGAGCCCGCGCCGUCCGUGGAAUACGCCAACGGAGAUCAGAUCCCGCUUUUCAUGUGCGGCGACUUCAACUCGUCGCCGGGCUCGGCGGCGUACAACCUGAUCCACAACGGACACCUCACUGAGGCACACCCGGACCUGGAGAAGCGGCUGUACGGCAACCUCAGCCGGAUCGGCAUGACGCACCCGUUCAAGCUGAAGUCGGCCUACGGGUCGAUCGGGGAGAUGAGCUUCACCAACUACACGCCCGACUUUAAGGACAUCCUGGACUACAUCUGGUACACGUCGAACACGCUGCACGUGUCGGCGUUGCUCGGUGAGGUGGACAAGGAUUACCUGCAGCGGGUGCCCGGGUUCCCCAACUACCACUUCCCCAGUGAUCACGUUGCAUUGUUCGCGGAGUUCUCGGUCAAAGGAAAGAAGGGCAAGGUGGUCGAGGCGGAUUUUGGACCGCAACGGAACUGACAGGGGUUGCCGGCGCAGAGGAAAUGAAAUGAAAUUUGGGUCAGGGUGCAUGUCGAAUGGAGAAAUCGCUUUUUAACGACCGAUGAGACUGGUGUUUGUGUGUAGCCGGUUCUUUUUUUAUUUUCUUUUCCUUGCUUUUUUUUUUU